GAUUAGCGAUAGGGGCUUAACGAUCUAAAACAACAUAUACAGUUUUCGACCUCUCUUGCCCAAACAAAAAAAAAUCACAUCAUCGCCCAACAAUAAUCCACAAAAAAUCACAGAAGAAAGUAUUCGAAUUCGAUUCUUCUUCUUCUUCUUCGAUAUCUUUAUCAUUUGAGCUUGUGUUCGUAUCUUUCUCCUCUUUUCACCAUUUUCCCAGACGAAUUUGAAUCUCUCGGAGCCAUUUACCUCUGCUUCUCGAAUCGUGUUUACCGCGAUUUCAACAGCCUAAAAACCGAUUUCAUUUUUUUCGAAUUCGUGCGACUGUUAGUUGUUCUUUUUAAUACUCGCUGCCGAGCGAUUUCUCCUGUUAGAUUAUUGAUUUAGAUAUUUUGAAUUUCACAUUAAGAAUCUGAGAUCCUGUUUUAUUAGUUUUUAAUUUAAUUUUCGUGUUGAGUCGAGUGAUUUGCUUUUGUAAUUUCAGCGGGAAGUUUUUGUACUUUGUACUUUCGGUUUGGGGUGGUUUUUUCGUGGACCUUUUUUUUGCAACUAACUCUGAAUGUGGAAAGAUAGCUGAUAAUAGCAGAGCAUCUUCUUGAGAGAAUCUUUCACCUUUUAAGCUUUUUAUUAACACACAAGUGUGGGGGUCUGGUCCUGAUAUGGAGGUUUUAGGGUCAAAAGGUUUGCUCAAGAGACACGAAUUCGUCAGGAUCCUCAUCCAGUGUCUCUACUCCUUAGGAUACAAGAACUCCGCUUCUUGUCUGGAACACGAGUCCGACAUCUCGUGCAAAUCCUCUGAGUUCGAGUUUCUUGAAAAGCAAGUUUUGAGCGGGGGCUGGGAUGGUUGCCUAGAGGUACUCGGCAGGGUUUUCGACGAUGGCGGCGAUGAGAGGAGGGACGCUGCUUUGUAUCUGGUGUUGAAGCAGUGUCUGUCCGAGUAUUUGAGACGAGGGGAGACUUCUCUGGCCUUGAGUGUGCUGCAGAAGCAGGCUCAGGUGUUGCGUGUUGGGAAAGAGAGGAUUCACAGGCUUGCUUUCGAUGUUUUUACUUCCAAAGAGAUGGAACCUGGCGAAGUUGCUGACGACGACGGCGGUUUUUUGGUUCGAGAUUCGAGGAGGAGGUUGUUGGCUGAGCUGGUGAAGUUGAUUCCCACGCCUGUUGUUAUUCCUGAGAGGAGGUUGGAGUAUUUGGUUGAGUCUGCUGUGAUGAACCAGAUUGAUACGUGUCUGUAUCAUAACUCGUGGGGUGCAGUGUCGCUCUAUGAGGAUCACCGUUGCGGUAGAGACCAAAUCCCUUCAGAAACUGUUCAGGUUUUGGUGGCUCACAAAAAUGAAGUUUGGUUUGUGCAAUUUUCCGAUAGUGGCAAGUAUCUGGCAACUGCAUCAAGCGAUUGUACAGCUAUUAUAUGGAAGGUAUUGGAUGACAACAAAGUAGAGCUGAUGCACACGCUUCAGAGCCACAAAAAUCCAGUUUCUUUUGUCUCGUGGAGCCCGGACGAUACGAAACUGCUUACAUGCGGAAACGCUGAGGUUCUCAAGCUAUGGGAUGUUGACACUGGUGAGUUGAGACACACCUUUGGAAACAACGAUAGCGGAUUCACUGUCAGCUCUUGCGCAUGGUUCCCUGACUCGACUCGGCUUGUCUGCGGAAGUUCUGACCCAGAGAGAGGGAUUGUAAUGUGGGAUACUGAUGGGAACGAGAUCAAAGCCUGGAGAGGAACGAGAAUCCCAAAGGUGGUGGAUUUGGCUGUGACGCCGGAUGGAGAGAGUAUGAUCACAGUGUUUUCGGAUAAGGAGAUCAGGAUCUUGAAUUUGGAGUCGUUAGUGGAACGUGUUAUCACUGAGGAACAGCCGAUUACCUCCCUUUCGGUUUCCGGUGAUGGUAAGUUCUUUAUAGUCAACUUGAGCAGCCAAGAGAUACAUCUUUGGGAUCUUGCUGGAGAGUGGAAACAGCCGUUGAAGUUUUCGGGUCACAGACAGAGCAAAUACGUGAUACGGUCAUGUUUUGGUGGGUUGGACAGUUCGUUCAUCGCCAGUGGAAGUGAGGAUUCACAGGUUUACAUAUGGAAUCUGAAGAACAAGAAACCGCUUGAAGUGUUAUCAGGUCAUUCCAUGACUGUGAACUGUGUGAGCUGGAACCCGAGAAAUCCUCGGAUGCUGGCCUCUGCGAGUGAUGACCAAACCAUCCGUAUUUGGGGGCCUGGGAAACCCAACAAGCCAGAGAACCGGUUAGAUAACCAGAAACAGUAGUAGGUUUAAACCCCAGACAUAGUUCCAUAUUUGUUUGUGUGUACAGAUAGUUUCUGUUUUGUUUUUUUCUUUUGUUUCCUUAAAAAGACCACAUUCUUUACUUUUUUGAGUUUUGGUACGAUGUUGGUUUUGAAUAACCGGAUUUGAGACA